AUGGCCAAUUCUGUGCACGUCGCCGGAGCGGCAUCACCGCUGGUGACGCCCGAAGUAGCCCCAUUGAUUGCGAUGGGCACCUUGUCACCGAUGCGCAUCUUCGUAUCGCUCGCCGUGCUUCUCGUCUUUCUCCUCGUCGCCUUCUUCUCGCCUCGUAAUGCACCGACAAAGCGGAAAGCACAGCCCAAGGGUAUCAGCACUGUCGUGCUCGCGGGGCCGAUGGGAGCAGGCAAGACGGCGCUCUUCUACAAGGUACGCCCCGAUACACGCCCCGAUACAAAGAGUGUGCAACACAUGCACUUGAGGCUCACCUGGAAUUGUACCCAUCAGCUGUUAUAUAAUCAGCAACCUAUGACGCAUACGUCGAUGGAGAAGAACGAAGCCCUCGUAGAGUCCAAGUGGACGACCGCGAGCAAUGACGCGCCAGGCGAGAAGGGUGCAAAAGAGGUGUGUGCUUCCACGCCAAUUUGCUUGAUUCGGCCAAACUGUAACAGUGUCAUCCGGCUGUUGGAGCACCCGCAGCUCGGUCCCGAAAAGCUUCAACGGCCAUACCAUCUCGUCGACACCCCCGGUCACCCUCGCCUUCGCACUCGAUCGCUUACCCAAUUCUUACCCACGACCGAUCGGGUCGUCUUCGUCGUCGACGCCAUCAAUGGUACCUCGGGCAAGAACGUUCGAGAAACGGGAGAGUAAGAACCUGCUUCUCCUCGCUUCGGCUCUGGUUGUCCGCCAAUUCUCCACCGAGCUGAGCUGAUCCCGGUGCCUCGUUCGCAGACACCUCCAUGUCGUCUUGUCCCUCCUCUCGAAAUUGUCCAGCCUGACUCAUCGGGACCCGCCACCACUCUUGAUUCUGCUCGCCAAGUCGGAUCGCGUACCGAGCAAAUCUUUAUCGCUCACGCUCGACCGAGCCCGCCAGUCGCUCGCCCGCGAGAUGGAACGACGGCGAGUCGCGUCGCACACGUCAUCGAAUCGUGCUGGAGCUCGAUUGGAAGGACUGGAUGCAAUCCCUGCAUCGGCAACCUCUCAAUCGAUCUUGCAGUUGAUCAUGGGGCUGUUCGGCCUUGGUUCGGCGCCGCCACCGUUGGAGCAGGAGGUCGCCGGGGUCGGACUGCCGAGCGAUGAAGCCGAAGUGUUGAAUAUCAGUGCUUUCAACUUCGAGGGAGAGUUCGCAUGGGAAAAGCUUGACGUUCAGAUCGAAUGGGCCAUGGCGAGUGUCAGGGAGGACAAGGCGACACCGGGGGUGGGGUCAACUUCGGGGCUCGAAACUUUGUUGGAAUGGAUCGAGAGGUGA